UAUAAACUGAAUGAACUCCAAAAAGUUAUGUUUGUCAUAUUUAAGUCUGCGACCACCGAAGAGACAUUUAGUACAACUUAACACGAUGGAUUCACAGGAUGCUAGAACCAAUGCUUAACACUACAAAAUUGACAAUAUCAAGCCGGAAGACUAGAAAGACAAUAGCGUAAUUAAGAAGAUAUAAUAAUUAGGAAGUCCUGUUCCGGUCUCAGUAAUCUCGAUCAUGUUCGACACCUACUCGCUACUUCAACCACAAGACACUCUAUCCCCGGAACUACUUUGGAACACAGACCAGACAAUGAACACUCCUGAACAGCUGUUCUCACGUUUAGAUUCUACAGUACCAGUGUCAUCCAAUACUGGUUCAUUCAAUGGACUAACGACAGCCCCAAUGGCAGUUCAUACACCACCGCGGAUGGAUACAGAUUCAAUGGACCAUGACAUGUCCCCGAGUUCGUCAUUCUACAGCGCACAUGAAUCUUCACAUCUGGAUUUAUCAAUUCUAGACGUAGCAGCAAAAGACAAAAGUUCUCAAGUUACGAAAGUUCCAAGCAUUGAAAAUCUUUACCCUAUAAGGCCACAACAACAGCAACAUCAACAACAGCAGAGGCAGGAUUACCCAGGAAACCCCACGAGUGAGUAUAUACCACUGGACUCAUGGUACAGUCAUAACUCCCCUGCCUCGCUAAGCACAACAUCACUACAGAGCUCAACAUCUUUGAAUGACAUUUCAUACAAAAAUGACAUUGGAUCAUUUGAUGCGGAUGACAAAACGUUGACUCCCCUGACAACCGUAUCUAUGGAUACAUUAACAACGCUGUCAGCUGCCACAGAAUCUUCACUAUAUUCUUCUUUGCAAGAAAACGCAAUGUUUGACUCACCAGUCAGUUUAAAUCAAACAUCAACAUCCAAUUAUGCUCAAUACGGAACUCCUCCAUACAAUGACUCUAGCUCAGUCUAUAAUCAAAUCUUCCAAACACAGAGCCACCUAUCGAACAAUCUGUCAAAUUCAGUUGGUUCAUUGGACUGUCACACUGGGGGGCUAGAGGGUGUAAAAUAUAGAAACAAUCCUAACAAAACAAAACGUCCGCCAUCCUACGAAGAACACGUAUAUCGAGCCCUGGCUUUGAAAUCUCAAGGAGGCUCGUAUAGGGUUGACACGGCAAGUGCCCCAGCUAGAAUUGACGUUAAUUGCUCAAACUUUACUGCUCAACCUACUCUAGAGUUUCGCUCAACCGUCGACCACAGGCCCACCGUCGCAGAACCAGAAUGCAAUGUAAAUGAUCCAGUUAUAUACAACCAAAUAGUUGCUAAUGCUCAAAUCAUCCUGAAAGCAGUCACUGGUGGAGGACAAAUUCAGUUAUGGCAGUUCCUGCUAGAACUUCUAGCGGACCAAGAAUAUAAAUCCAUGAUCGUCUGGGAGAGCGCUGAUGGAGAAUUUCGAGUCAUUGAGCCCGAUGAACUGGCUCAGAAAUGGGGAUCCCGGGAGACGCCCUGUAAACCUGAUCUCUUUUUCAAAUUAUUCAACAUCCAAUGCCCAGAACGUUUCAGUGGCACCGUACGAAGGUUGGGGCAGCACAAAUCAGUCUAGACAAAACCCCUGGUAGUCAGUCCACCAAUAUUGGGUUUCACAGCAGUGUGAUCAUGGAAAUUGUCACGAGGUGCACAUCCGGAAACAUCUGGGUAUUUACACUCUUAACUUAAUCACUCACCCUUAAUCACAACCACGCCAGUCAUUAUUUCCAAUAUGCCCGAUGUGUUCAGUUUCAAGACUUUAGGCUUUGGUCUUGACAGAACUAGAGGUUGUAUAUUUUUUAAUAAAACAAAUGCCCAAAACAGAAAAAAAAGAAUUUUAGUUUAGAGAUCCUGCGAAUUUUGGUUUGUACAGAAUUUAUUUGUUAACUUCAUGUAAUGCAUAAUAAUAAUCUAGUUUCGAAACUUGUAAUUUUAAGAGUUUUGACUAAAGGUAUUC